AUGGCAAAGAAGAAGAAACAGGAAAUGUCACAAGUGUAUAAUGGGUCACUGAAUGAGUUUAUAUUUGGAGAACAAGGAGGAAAAGGAAAGAACUUGACUUCAUUUCUUAAGAAUUUAUCAUUAACUGGAUCAUCUUCAAGUCUCAACAAUAGUAGUCGUGAUUCAUAUGAAGAAGUCAAUAGUAAUAUAUAUGGAAGUUUAAGUUAUACUAAACCCAAUGGAUCAAGUUCAACUAAUUUGAAUUCAAGUUCAUUUUUCCAAUCAAGACCAUCUACAGGUAAUAGAGCCGUAUCACUUGGAAAUAUGGUAAGACAUCAUUCUCCUAAAAGUCUACCUAGAAGAUCUCAUUCUAAUACUAGAUAUAAAGAUUCCGAUGAUGAUUGGGAUGCUGGAUUAGAUGAAGUAACAGUAAAACCAAAGAAUCCCCCACCAGCACCAAUGUUGGAUUCAUUAUAUCCUGAUUUAACUGUUCAACUUUCAUCUUCUCAACAACCAGAACAAAUCACUACAAAGGAGUCAAUGGAUUAUGAAGAUUUGCAGGCCAAAGCUGAAGUAAAUAAAUUAAACCAACUUAAUAGUAAAUAUGCAAAAUUUAGAAAGAUUCUCACUUCAGAUAAUAUUAUCAAUUUACAAGAUUUAAGGAAAUUAUCUUGGAAUGGUAUUCCAAAUGAAUUAAGAGCAUUAUCAUGGUUAUUGUUACUUGGAUAUCUCCCAACAAAUAAAUCUCGACAAGGGUCAACCCUUAAAAGAAAACGUCAGGAAUAUAUGGAUGGCUUAGGAAGUGUCACAAUAGAAUUUCACGAAGAUCCUCCAGAAAAUAAUUCAACUGUAUCAUUAUCUAAUGUAAAUCGUGAUAAACAAUUAUAUCAUCAAAUUAAAAUCGAUGUAAAGAGAACAAAUCCUACGAUUAAGUUAUAUGGAUAUUCUGAAACACAAGUUUCACUUCGAAAAAUUUUAUAUCUUUGGGCAGUUAGACAUCCAGCAAGUGGAUAUGUUCAAGGGAUAAAUGAUUUAUGUACACCAUUUUUCCAGAUCUUUUUGAGUAAUUAUAUAUGGCAAUUGCAAAGAAAACAACAAGGAGAAAAAGAUGAUGAGGAUUUGUUUAUUCCAGGGUAUAUGUCUAAUGAAGAUGAAGAAGAUGUUGAAGAAGAAAAAUUAUUGAAUGAUCCCCAAUUGAUGUGUUACAAUUUAGAUAAUUUUAAACCAGAAUGGCUUUCUCAAAGAGUUACUUCCAUAAUUGAAGCAGAUACUUAUUGGUGUUUGUCCAGAUUAUUAGAAACUAUAACAGAUAAUUAUAUUCAUGAACAGCCAGGUAUUAUUCGACAAAUUGGAGAUUUGAGGAAUUUAAUAUCUAAAAUUGAUGUGGAAUUAUUGAAUCAUUUUGAUGAAGAAGGCAUUGAGUUUAUGCAAUUUUCAUUUAGAUGGAUGAAUUGUUUAUUAAUGAGAGAAUUGCCAAUUAAUUUGAUCACAAGAAUGUGGGAUACUUAUCUUAGUGAAACACCAUUAGGAUUCUCCAAUUUCCAUACCUAUGUAUGUGCAGCUUUCUUGAUUAAGUUUAGUAAUGAGUUAAAACAGAAGGAUUUCCAGGAGAUAUUAUUGUUCCUUCAAAACCCACCAACUGAAAGCUGGACAGAAAAAGAUGUUGAGCUAAUGUUGAGUGAAGCUUUUAUUUGGCAAAGUUUAUACAAGAAUGCUUCAGCACAUUUGAGAUGA